AAUAUCAAGCAAGGGGAACAGAUUCAACAGAAGGCCAGAGCUUUUGCACUGAAGAAGAGGAAGCUGCUCUUCAGACCACAAUGAAGCAACUUGUUCUCCUGCUUCUGCUCUUUGCUUUCCUUCCAGAGGCCAAACUGUGUGACCAAAGCUGCAUCAGUUCACUGAAGCAAGACAUCCUCAGCCUGCUAGUGAAAUGGGAAGAGACUUCCUGCCUUCCAAACCCAGCACAGAAGAAUCUGCCCCGAAGCUGCAGAGAAAUCAAAGAGUCCCAAAGAGGGGCCACAGAUGGACUGUAUUUCCUGCAGACGGAAGAUGGUGAGGUCUACCAAACGUUCUGUGAUAUGACCACCAAUGGAGGAGGUUGGACUCUGGUGGCCAGUGUCCAUGAGAACAACAUGCUUGGGAAAUGCACUGUGGGGGAUCGUUGGUCCAGUCAACAGGGGAGCAACCCCAACUACCCAGAAGGAGAUGGAAACUGGUCCAAUAACUCCACUUUUGGAUCAGCUGUAGGCUCAACCAGUGAUGACUUCAAGAAUCCUGGCUAUUAUGACCUUCAAGCACAAGAUCUGGCCAUAUGGCAUGUUCCCAACAAAACCCCAAUGAAACAAUGGCGUGACACCUCCCUCUUGAGGUACCGCACUGAAACUGGGUUCUUAGCUGCAGAAGGAGGCAACCUCCUCAGACUGUAUCAGAAAUACCCUGUUAAAUUUGGAAUCGGCAGUUGUCCAGGUAACCAUGGCCCAGCGGUGCCUGUCGUCUAUGAUAAGGGCAGUGCUUCAAAGACAGCUGAGUAUUAUUCUCCAAACGGGCGGAAUGAAUUUGUAGCUGGCUUCAUUCAUUUCCGAGUGUUCAAUCGCGAAAAAGCAGCAAUGGCUCUCUGUGCUGGGGUGAAAGUCACCGGAUGCAACACAGAACAUCACUGUAUUGGCGGAGGAGGCUAUUUCCCAGAAGCGACACCUCGCCAGUGUGGGGACUUCACCGGCUUUGACUGGGAUGGCUACGGGGCACAUGUUAACUGGAGCGUUUCUAAAGAGCUAACUGACUCAGCUAUGCUGCUGUUUUACCACUAAUGGGUGGCUUUGUAGAAAUGGAAGUACCAGAGGUACAGCCUUGAAAAUGAAAAUCUAUCUUCUAUGCAUAUAUUCUUCACUGGAAUAAAAAAAAUUAAAAAUUAA